GUGUGUUGUAAUGUCAAAAAAUUUCAUUGUAUAUUUGUUAUUUUUACAAGUCUGCGCAGAACUUAUUUUCUCUCCUAAAAAUACUAAUUUAAUAUCAUCGCGAUCGGUUCCUUAAUUUAGAUUCUGUGAGUUUACUCGUCAAAAAUAAUGUUAAAAAAGUAGUCGGACGAUGAUUUACCAUAAAUGUUUAGUGUUUCGGUAAAAGUGUGUGGAACGACAAAUGCAUUUCUGUUGCACUUUACUGUGAUUUACCAGUGACACAAAACGUGUGAAAAAAAUUUCGUGUGAGAUGUUGUCUCAAGAAUGUUCAGCACAUCGAAAAUAAUAAUAAAAAGUCCAGUGACAUGAGUGCCAGUGUUUAGUGUGGUAAAUGUGCUAAAAUGCAAGCCAAAAAACGGUAUAUUUUAGUGUUUGUGUCGUGCGCUUUUUUAGCGUAUUGUUAUUUCGGUGGCUAUCGCCUAAAGAAAUCGGCCAAAGUGAUACGAAGUCCAUCUGAUUUGCCCUCAUUCACAGAUGCCAUACAUAAUGAUAAAGUGACUGGUGCAUCCGACAGUGAUGAUGAUGAUGCGAUAUCGUCGAAAAAUGUUCCUCUUUUAAAUAGAAAUAAAAAGCAACCGUGCCGUAUGGAAACUUGUUUUGAUUUUACGAAAUGUUAUGAAGAUUUUUUGGUCUAUGUCUACCCACCGGAACCAUUAAAUUCGCUCGGAGCCGCACCACCGCAUAGUCUGAACUAUCAGAAAAUUCUGUCGGCUAUAACCGAGAGUCGCUACUACACCAAUGAUCCGACCAAGGCAUGCCUAUUCGUUCUGGGCCUGGACACAUUGGACCGGGAUUCGUUGAGCGAAGACUAUGUGAGAAAUGUGCCACAGCGUUUGCAGCGAUUGCCUUAUUGGAAUAACGGUCGUAAUCACGUCAUAUUCAAUUUGUAUUCGGGCACUUGGCCGGAUUAUGCGGAGAAUAGUUUGGGCUUCGAUACCGGUGAGGCGAUAUUGGCCAAGGCCAGCAUGAGUGUCCAGCAAAUUCGGCCAACUUUCGAUAUUAGCAUACCAUUGUUCCAUAAACAGCACCCGUUGAGGGCGGGCAAUACUGGAUUUGUUACGAGUAAUAAUUUUCCGGCUGAUAAGAAGUAUCUGCUGGCGUUCAAAGGGAAACGAUAUGUUCACGGUAUCGGAUCGGAGACGCGAAAUUCAUUGUUUCACUUGCAUAAUACGCGAGAUUUAGUGUUAGUCACGACUUGCCGGCAUGGAAAGAGUUGGCGUGAGCUCCAAGACGCUCGCUGUGAUGAAGACAAUAGAGAAUAUGACAGAUACGACUACGAAACACUUUUGCAGAAUUCAACUUUUUGUUUGGUGCCGAGGGGUCGUCGAUUAGGUUCAUUCAGAUUUUUAGAGGCUCUGCAAGCGGGAUGCAUUCCCGUGCUAUUGUCAAAUUCGUGGGUACUUCCAUUUCAAUCGAAAAUUGAUUGGAAGCAGGCAGCAAUUUGGGCCGAUGAGAGAUUGCUGUUGCAGGUACCUGAAAUAGUACGUUCUGUUCCCGCAACCCGAAUACUUGCGUUGCGUCAACAAACGCAGGUUCUGUGGGAACGAUACUUUGGAUCGAUUGAGAAAAUUGUUUUCACCACAUUUGAGAUAAUCCGUGAACGCCUGCCGGAUUAUCCACAACGUAACGGACUGAUAUGGAAUACAUCACCCGGUGCACUUUUAACACUUCCUACAUACACGGAUUCCUGUAGAAAUAUGCCGUAUUUAUUAGACAUUCUUGGCCAUGAACCUGGCCAUAAUUUUACAGCUGUUAUAUUUGUUCAAAUCGGUGUUCAGCUAACGCCCAGCUCGGCACUGUACAGACUAGUCAAAAGUAUUACUAAGAGUCAAUUUGUAGAUAGAUUAAUCAUAAUAUGGGCUUCGGAUCGCCCGAUUCCAUCGAAGAAAAAAUGGCCUAACACUGGGUCCAUUCCACUGCAUAUCGUAUCUUCAAUUGUAAAUGAUGAACGGCCUACAAUAUCCCAAAGAUUUUAUCCACAUCCGCUUAUCCAAACCGACGCAGUGUUGUCAUUAGACGAAGAUGCCAUACUGAAUACAGACGAAUUAGAUUUUGCAUAUCGAGUGUGGCGCGACUUUCCCGAUCGAAUCGUUGGUUAUCCAGCGCGAGCCCACUUUUGGGAUGACACAAAGAAUGCCUGGGGCUACACAUCCAAGUGGACAAAUUACUACUCGAUUGUAUUGACGGGUGCUGCCUUUUAUCAUCGUUAUUACAAUUAUGUGUACACCAAUUGGCUGUCGUUGCUUCUACUCAAAACGGUGCAGCAAUCAUCCAACUGCGAAGACAUUUUAAUGAAUUUGCUGGUGUCGCACGUAACACGAAAACCACCGAUAAAAGUAACGCAACGGAAGGGUUACAAGGAUCGAGAGAGCGGGAGAAGUCCAUGGAAUGAUCCUGACCAUUUUAUUCAAAGACAAAGUUGUCUGAACACAUUCGCAGCCGUUUUUGGUUACAUGCCAUUACUACGUUCUAAUCUCCGUCUAGAUCCGGUACUGUACCGCGAUUCCGUAUCUAAUUUAAGAAAAAAGUAUCGACAAAUUGAAUUAGUUCUUAGCUAGCGCCUUUUGUAAUGAUUUUAAGUAACACAAAGAAAUGGAAAUUUUUACAAUAAAAAGAAAUUCUAUUUUUCUAUUUAAUUUUAUUUUUUAUGUUUUCUCAAUUUACGUUUCUAUUAUAGCGAAGACAGACGAUAAGCCAAACUACUUUUAAUUUAUUACUGCGAAUGAAAAACUAUACAUUGCAUCCGGUUGCAUUUAAUGCCAUACAGUUAGUUUGUUAUAAAAAGCGAAUCCAUAUACACUAGACAUUCAUGAAAAGGCUCUCUCGUUUACGUUGCAUUGACAAUUUUAAAUCUAGUUCAGUAGUGAGUCAAUUUGAGAUUUUUAUCGGGUCAGUUUCAAAGAUUAAAACGAAUGGGGAGGUAGAAUCAAGGUGAACAUUGAACAGACGAAAUAGGAAAAACUUGGUGCUAGGAAGAUCAAUGGUCUUGUCAGGAUCUAUCUUCGAAAAUUUCAAAAAUUUCGAGAAUUAUCUAGAAUUUCAAGAAUCAGUUUCACAAAAAUAUGUCCUGGUUCUUUUAUGCUAUGACUAUGACAUAUGACUAUGAUUUAUUGAACGGUGAACUUUCUUACUGUGGCUUCUAAGUAGCCCUCCAAAGUUGUGCAAAAAAAAUCAAAAAUAGCCUUUUCACAGACGACAAAAACAAAAACAAAAACUGCCGAAUCUAUUACUUCUUCUGAUUGGAGUAUGUUUUCAAUUGAUUGAUAUAAAAUCUGGUACUUCGCUAGUAACAACAUCUAUUCUGCCAUAUAAAGCCACACUAUACAGCGACUAUCGUUUAUUUCAAUCGGUUAUGUCGAUAACAGAUGAGUGAUAUUUUACGUACUACUAUUCUUGGAGGCAGGAAAUUGGAAAAUGUUGGAAAAUUUAAGAAAAUGUUUUUCUAAAUAGAGCCCCUUCAAGUGUGAAUAACGACUUCAUAAUGACUGAAAUAAUUUGCGGAAAUGUUUUGAUCAAUGAACAGAUGAUUUUGUUAACUUUUGAUAGAAGUUUUUGAAUUAACUGAUUUUUUGACGAUUUGUUUUACUAAAAAUGUAUGCAUCGAAUGGUCGAUAAGUUGCUGAUCGGAGGGUACGACACAGUUAUUUAUCAUCUUCAUCUUCUAAACAUUUAAAAAAAACUGAUUCGAUUACGAUAAAAUUGACAAAAUUUAUUGAUGGAAGAAUCUGGAUUACGGAUUAUGUCUCAACUUUUUUCCAGUUCUUGUCUACCGUCCCAUUUUGCUAUCUUUGUGGCUAAUUAGUACAAAUCUUUAAAGAACAUAAGUUUCUUAAGCAUCUGAAGUUCCUAUUUGAUCGUGUCAACGAUAAGUGAAACACUGGCGUCACAGAAAGGAAGUCAGCGUGUAAUAGUUGAGUUAGCAUAUGACAAUAGACACGGUCUGCUUCAAUAAAAUAGAAAAACACGACAAAAUUGACCAUAAAAAUGUUUGCCAUAAUUUUUUGCAAUAUUUCUUUUAUACCAUAAAGCUGCCAUAAAAUAUCCUGAUUUUAGCUGAUAAAAAUAAUCGCCACGUUAUGCAUAUACGAUAUUUAUAGACACAAUUUUUGAGCGAUAAACAUUAUGUCGAUAAAUAAUUGUUAACAUCAUAAUUGAGAUACGGCUCUGCCGUUAAUAAAUUCAGAAUUACGUAAUUCGAUUCGCAUUUAACAAAAACCGUUGAGUCUUUUAUAUAGUCGGUAGAAGGAGUUUUUGAGUUUAGUUAGGAUCACACGAAAAUUGGGACUCACUGCGACUCAUUGAAAAUGAAUUGAUAUGGAGAUUACCUUUUGUUGACGGGUUUUAUCAAUUCGAAUAAAAAGCCUUAUCUUGUUUAGUAAUAUAUUUGAGGUUCAGACAGUUUUUUUUUCAACUAAAAUUGCAACUACACAAAUUGAAGAGAGUUUUAGAGUGAGAAAACAUAAACAAAUUAUUUAUUUGAGCGAUUAGAACAAGUAGAGGAAUACAAGUAAGAAAUUGAAGUGAUUUUUGUUAAAAUAGAAUUUGUAUUAUCUGGCGGAAUGGAACUGUUGCAAUAUUUGUUUCAAAAAUAAUUAAUAAUAAACAUUAAACAUAAUCAAAAAACAAUAAAUGGAUAGAAAAUAAAGAGAAAAAAAAGUGAAAAUAAAUUUGUAAUGUUCGUAUCAAUGCGAAAGAAGUACAGGCGAGUUACGAAACAAUCUCUACUCAUUUUCCAGAGACUUUGUUGUUAAGGGUACGCUUUGGUAUUCCCUGUUUGCAGCGAAAACAACAAGCAUUAGUUUUGCCAAUUAAUUGUCGUAGAAUAUGUUGUGCACUUACUGCCCAAGGUGUCCUUGACCCGUUAGCUCCGAAUACAUUGUCUGCACCGACAUAUCUGACCACCUAAAUGCACCUAGUGGUCUAUUCAAAAAAACUUCGAAAAAGUGGUCAAGGAUGAACUAAUACCCCAGGGAUGUCUAGUGUGCUGAUAGUGCUCGACCUCCUGUCCAAUCUCAUACCACAAGCUAAACAUACUCAUUUGUGUGUCAAACAAUAUUGGUAAAAAUCCGAAAAUCAAACUUUCGAUGUUCGGCAAGGGCACCUCGUGGACCAACAGCUGUUUCGUAGAGUUUUAGUAGCUCUACAUGCUACUAGAAAUUCUUUUUCAAACAGAACCUUACGACUUAAAUGUCAAUUUAUAGCUUACACUUUCUUAAAAUCGAUUUUUAACCGUAAAGCCAUGAUGACAUAUUUUUCGCCAAAUUGAGCAAAAUGUAAAUGGUCUCCUUCUCGUCACUAUGUGCGGCUAGCGUAGCUAGUGGUGCUUGUGGAUUAUUUGCACUGAGAAUUUUUAAGAUCACUUUAUUCUAAUUUGGCGCCAAAUUUGAAUUCUGCAAAAAGAAAAUUUAAAUUGUGCGUCAAAUUUGAAUAAUUCGCUGACAAUCAAGUGUGAGUCAAAAGUAAAAAAAUUCUCUAGAAUAUGAGUGUUCAAUUCGUUUCAUAACUUUACUGUAAAAGUGAAUAAAAUGUAAAGAUAAUUAUAAAUGUAAUUUUAAUAAAAAAAGACUCGAUUUGGACUAUAAUUUUUGAACACAGAUUAUUUAUAUAAUAAACUAAUCAUCGGCUAUAAAAUGGGAGGGAGAGAAGAAGAAAAUUUUUAGUAUUUUUGCCGAUCUAAUAAAUUUGAUAAAUGAAGAAACAAAUAAGUGAAAUGAAAUCUAAAAAAAUUAUUUUUUAAUUGUUUGCAAUGAAAACAAAAAAAAAGGAAAAAAAAAACAAUUUGUGUUAACGUUACGCGUAUACCAAAUAAAAAUGGUGACAUAAAUUUGAAUGGAAACUUAUAUCUAGUAACAAUAAAUAAAGAAAACAGAAAAAUAUCAAAAUCUAUCAGUGUAAAUAAUAAGUAGAAUGUAGAACAAGUCAAUAAAUUAUAUCCCCGAAGAAGUAAAUCAAUUGAGAUAUUAUUAAAACAAAAAACCUGUAGCUAAAAAUUAUAUCUAAAGAAAUAAA